AUUGUUUAUUAACCAAAGCGAAACUCAGGCAGUCCAAUAUGAUAACACAAACAAAACAGCGUGCAAUUCACAAACAAUGCCAGACAAUGAACUGAGGAAACUGAAGGGCUUAAAUACACAUGGUGAUGAACUCAAAUACAGAUAGGUGUGCUAAUUAAGUGAAUAUCCAUGGCAACUAAGAACCGGCGGGAAAAAAGAACACAGGAAACAGGUUACUAAGAGAAACAAGCUAAAAGUCCAUGAAAACGAAAGUAAAACAGACAGAAUGUGACAGUCUGCUGCUUUCAAAGAGUAAACAUGUACCUAAUAAAAUGACCACUGAGAGAAUAAUGUAUUAUUUUGAUAUUAUAAUCUAAUCUUUCUUAAAGGCUAUUAAUGUUUCAGUUAUUUUUGGCACAUUUAAAUGUUACUUUUACGAAACUUCCUUUCGUCUUUCUGAGUCUGUGAGUCUACAAAAAAUGUUACAUUUGACCCAGAUCUGCUGUCCAUGUGGUCUCAUGAUGUACGUUCAUCUUCAUAGAACUGACUGCUCAAAGUAUUAAAUGUUUCCUGUUGUCUAAUGUGUUACUUCCUAAUUCACCUAUUGUGUGAGUCUAGAACCUUUUCUCUCUCGCUGUAAUGGAGUUGUUCAUCUUCAUUGCUUUUCAGCUUCUUAUGGAGGUUCAGUCUUACAAAUAUCCUGCUUUAAAAGUAUCUCCAGAUGUCAUAAGUGAGUCCAGCUCAGUGAAGAUGAUCUGUAAGCACCCAGCAGGUGUUACAGUGGAUCUGUGUUAUUUCUACAUAAACAGAGAUGAGAAGAAUAUCAAAUCUAAUUGGUCAUGUGAGCUCAGUCUCACUGGUGCUGAAGUGCUCAAAUGGGCAGCUGUAAAAUCAUCUGUAUCAAUCAACAUUAACUGCUACUACAAAACAACCGAGCACGGGAUUAAUAAACCAUCAUCUCAUUCUCCUGCUGUCACAGUGAAGGUUAAAGGUUCAGCAACCACCACCACAGCACGUACUACUACUACAACCACCACUGCACAAACUACUACAACAACCCUGAAAAUCCCAUUAACUGUAAAGUCCACUUCUGAAACCACAACAUACAGUAAAACUGUUUCAAUGGCAACCUCUACUCUGCCAGAUGUUCUCACUGCAGUUUCAACAGAAAAAUCCACUCAUAAACCUUCACAAACAAACACAGAAACAUCAACAACGGCUGUCACUUCCACCACUGAAACCCCGACAUCCACCAGAACUGCGGUUUCUAGUGUUCACACUUCAACAGCUGAUCCUGAAGAUCAUCCACUCACACCACUACACAGAGAAACAUGGUUUAUGGUGCUGGUUUCCACUGGUGUUGGUGUCAUUUUGACUGGAUUCAUCUGUCUGUGUCGGUUUGCAAGUAAAAAAAGAAGAAAACUAAAUAAAAUUAGAUCAAUAAGAUCAGAUGUGCCCAGUCAAGAAAUUGGUAUGAGUUCUGGACCUGCAGAGACAUAUUCUGUGAUCACUUCUGUACCGGCCACAUCUCAGCCCAUAUCUGUGGGCCUCGAACACCCAGAUUCCCAUCAGGACAACACACCAGAUCCCACAGCGACUUCCUCUUUCAUUAUGGCUGAAAAUUCAAUUUACCAGCCCUCAGAAGAUUUGGUCAAUACUCAACAGAAAGAGGGAAAUACAGGGGAAAAUGAGAAUGUUUACCACCUGUACUGCACGAUCCCUGACAAACCAGUUCACUCAAACGCAGCAGAUCAAGUCUACAGUUUGGUGAAGAUGCACUGAUGAGCCUCAAGUCUUGUUUCAUAAUGUACAUUCAUUAUAAACAAAAUAUCUUUACUUGCUUACAAAUAGGUUUUUAUUUUCAUCAUAUAGUGUUUGCUGUGUAGUGCAUUGUGACAUCUGUGACCACUCAGAAGACUUUCUCUAGCUCAAUACUGCCUUGUAAGAAGUGCUUGGGAUUCAAUAAGCUGAACUAAAAAAUGUAAUGAUGAAUGAAAAAAUGUUUUUGCACAAAUAUAAUUUCAAUAUAUUUCUAAAGAAAAUUCAUGUCUGCUGAGCGUUUUAUAAUGGAUUCUGGCUGAAGAAGUGUGUUUUGGAGGAGUUUGGUGGUGUUAAUGUAGUACAGUGUUUCCUACAGGAUUUUGUGAGACUAUGAGUGGUGGACCUUGGUUCCUUUUGGAGGGCAUGUCCAAUCUGGUGCAUUUAAGGACAUUUUUAACACUGUGCUUAACCCCAGGUUAUCAUCUUUCUAAAACCCUUUCUAAACCCACUCUGGGUUAAGAAAUGUUUCACAGUUGAAUUUUAGAAGUGAGGUUAGCACCGCUCUUUACCCGGGCUUAUGAAACCCUGCUCUGUAGGGCUAGCACAGUAUUUGCAGUGUUAACCCCACAUUGCGGUGCCAAACUUGUGCUUUCUGAAACGAUGCGAUGUUAGAAUGUUACAGCUGGAGCCAAUGGGUGGAGUUUGAUGCCCAACUUCCCCUCUCUGGAUGACCCUAUACCCAUAACCCUAACUAGGUCAAGGUCCACCCAUAUUACAUCCAGAGAGGUGGAGCUGGACGUCAUUUGCAGUGAACGCCACUUGUCAUAUUCACAUGUUUUGGCAGUCACAGAAACACUGUGUGGUGUAUAAACAGUAGUUUCAGAAUUUUGGGGGAAACGUGACAUGAAGAGACCAUUUAACAGCAAACAGCUGCUGACACGUGGAUUAAAACUUUUAAAUGUUUCUAAAAUGUUUGUUAAAUGAGAUUGAAUGUAGGUAAUAUUGUAUACAUAAAUAAAAACUAAAUGUAUUCAUUCAAAGGA